UUUGAGAACUACUUUUCUAUGCGGACGGAUAUGAACUUCUUGCACAUUCAGCUUGGUAUAAAAAUAGUGGGCGCCUCUAACUGCAUUAGUCAGCGGAAGAAGAGACAUCGGUUAUACGUAUAUCUACGCAGAUUUUCCUGUUUAAAACAAAAGCUGAGCAAACAUGCAGAUCUUCGUCAAGACCCUCACUGGCAAGACCAUCACUCUGGAAGUGGAGCCCAGCGACACCAUCGAGAACGUCAAGGCUAAGAUCCAGGACAAGGAAGGCAUCCCCCCUGACCAGCAGAGGCUGAUCUUUGCUGGCAAGCAGCUGGAAGAUGGCCGCACCCUGUCUGACUACAACAUCCAGAAGGAGUCCACCCUCCACCUGGUUCUCCGCCUCAGGGGUGGAAUGCAGAUCUUCGUCAAGACCCUCACUGGCAAGACCAUCACUCUGGAGGUGGAGCCCAGCGACACCAUCGAGAACGUCAAGGCUAAGAUCCAGGACAAGGAAGGCAUCCCCCCUGACCAGCAGAGGCUGAUCUUUGCUGGCAAGCAGCUGGAAGAUGGCCGCACCCUGUCUGACUACAACAUUCAGAAGGAGUCCACCCUCCACCUGGUUCUCCGCCUCAGGGGUGGAAUGCAGAUCUUUGUCAAGACCCUCACUGGCAAGACCAUCACUCUGGAGGUGGAGCCCAGCGACACCAUCGAGAACGUUAAGGCUAAGAUCCAGGACAAGGAAGGCAUCCCCCCUGACCAGCAGAGGCUGAUCUUUGCUGGCAAGCAGCUGGAAGAUGGCCGCACCCUGUCUGACUACAACAUUCAGAAGGAGUCCACCCUCCACCUGGUUCUCCGCCUCAGGGGUGGAAUGCAGAUCUUCGUCAAGACCCUCACUGGCAAGACCAUCACUCUGGAGGUGGAGCCCAGCGACACCAUCGAGAACGUCAAGGCUAAGAUCCAGGACAAGGAAGGCAUCCCCCCUGACCAGCAGAGGCUGAUCUUUGCUGGCAAGCAGCUGGAAGAUGGCCGCACCCUGUCUGACUACAACAUUCAGAAGGAGUCCACCCUCCACCUGGUUCUCCGCCUCAGGGGUGGAAUGCAGAUCUUCGUCAAGACCCUCACUGGCAAGACCAUCACUCUGGAGGUGGAGCCCAGCGACACCAUCGAGAACGUCAAGGCUAAGAUCCAGGACAAGGAAGGCAUCCCCCCUGACCAGCAGAGGCUGAUCUUUGCUGGCAAGCAGCUGGAAGAUGGCCGCACCCUGUCUGACUACAACAUUCAGAAGGAGUCCACCCUCCACCUGGUUCUCCGCCUCAGGGGUGGAAUGCAGAUCUUCGUCAAGACCCUCACUGGCAAGACCAUCACUCUGGAGGUGGAGCCCAGCGACACCAUCGAGAACGUUAAGGCUAAGAUCCAGGACAAGGAAGGCAUCCCCCCUGACCAGCAGAGGCUGAUCUUUGCUGGCAAGCAGCUGGAAGAUGGCCGCACCCUGUCUGACUACAACAUCCAGAAGGAGUCCACCCUCCACCUGGUUCUCCGCCUCAGGGGUGGAAUGCAGAUCUUCGUCAAGACCCUCACUGGCAAGACCAUCACUCUGGAGGUGGAGCCCAGCGACACCAUCGAGAACGUCAAGGCUAAGAUCCAGGACAAGGAAGGCAUCCCCCCUGACCAGCAGAGGCUGAUCUUUGCUGGCAAGCAGCUGGAAGAUGGCCGCACCCUGUCUGACUACAACAUUCAGAAGGAGUCCACCCUCCACCUGGUUCUCCGCCUCAGGGCAAACAUGCAGAUCUUCGUCAAGACCCUCACUGGCAAGACCAUCACUCUGGAAGUGGAGCCCAGCGACACCAUCGAGAACGUCAAGGCUAAGAUCCAGGACAAGGAAGGCAUCCCCCCUGACCAGCAGAGGCUGAUCUUUGCUGGCAAGCAGCUGGAAGAUGGCCGCACCCUGUCUGACUACAACAUCCAGAAGGAGUCCACCCUCCACCUGGUUCUCCGCCUCAGGGGUGGAAUGCAGAUCUUCGUCAAGACCCUCACUGGCAAGACCAUCACUCUGGAGGUGGAGCCCAGCGACACCAUCGAGAACGUCAAGGCUAAGAUCCAGGACAAGGAAGGCAUCCCCCCUGACCAGCAGAGGCUGAUCUUUGCUGGCAAGCAGCUGGAAGAUGGCCGCACCCUGUCUGACUACAACAUCCAGAAGGAGUCCACCCUCCACCUGGUUCUCCGCCUCAGGGCAAACAUGCAGAUCUUCGUCAAGACCCUCACUGGUAAGACCAUCACUCUGGAGGUGGAGCCCAGCGACACCAUCGAGAACGUCAAGGCUAAGAUCCAGGACAAGGAAGGCAUCCCCCCUGACCAGCAGAGGCUGAUCUUUGCUGGCAAGCAGCUGGAAGAUGGCCGCACCCUGUCUGACUACAACAUCCAGAAGGAGUCCACCCUCCACCUGGUUCUCCGCCUCAGGGGUGGAAUGCAGAUCUUCGUCAAGACCCUCACUGGCAAGACCAUCACUCUGGAGGUGGAGCCCAGCGACACCAUCGAGAACGUCAAGGCUAAGAUCCAGGACAAGGAAGGCAUCCCCCCUGACCAGCAGAGGCUGAUCUUUGCUGGCAAGCAGCUGGAAGAUGGCCGCACCCUGUCUGACUACAACAUCCAGAAGGAGUCCACCCUCCACCUGGUUCUCCGCCUCAGGGCAAACAUGCAGAUCUUCGUCAAGACCCUCACUGGGAAGACCAUCACUCUGGAGGUGGAGCCCAGCGACACCAUUGAGAACGUGAAGGCCAAGAUCCAGGACAAGGAAGGCAUCCCCCCUGACCAGCAGAGGCUGAUCUUUGCUGGCAAGCAGCUGGAAGAUGGCCGCACCCUGUCUGACUACAACAUCCAGAAGGAGUCCACCCUCCACCUGGUUCUCCGCCUCAGGGGUGGAAUGCAGAUCUUCGUCAAGACCCUCACUGGCAAGACCAUCACUCUGGAGGUGGAGCCCAGCGACACAAUCGAGAACGUCAAGGCUAAGAUCCAGGACAAGGAAGGCAUCCCCCCUGACCAGCAGAGGCUGAUCUUUGCUGGCAAGCAGCUGGAAGAUGGCCGCACCCUGUCUGACUACAACAUUCAGAAGGAGUCCACCCUCCACCUGGUUCUCCGCCUCAGGGGUGGAAUGCAGAUCUUCGUCAAGACCCUCACUGGCAAGACCAUCACUCUGGAGGUGGAGCCCAGCGACACCAUCGAGAACGUCAAGGCUAAGAUCCAAGACAAGGAAGGCAUCCCCCCUGACCAGCAGAGGCUGAUCUUUGCUGGCAAGCAGCUGGAAGAUGGCCGCACCCUGUCUGACUACAACAUCCAGAAGGAGUCCACCCUCCACCUGGUUCUCCGCCUCAGGGGUGGCCAGUAAAUUAAUGAUUUUACUCAUUCAACAUAUCAAAUGCACCUAAUAAUAAAGCAAGAUCACAAUGAAUGUGUAUUUCUUUCCUCUAAAUAUGUCAAGUUAAUUGCAUCUAUAAGAAUAGCUUAAAUGGUUUAUGUAACUGAGUUGAUUGUAUCCUGUUUAAUAAAAACCUAUUUCUUUGCCCUCAA